AUGCCCAGGGGGACAGAGAACAACCCUGAAGACUUUCGCUGGCGGUACGUCGAGGUAGCGCUUCCCAACAUCUCGAGCGCCGAGCGCAUGUACGCUCGCAUCCUCAUUGCCAAGAUUGAAGACGACGACCGCCUGGAGCUGCUCCUGCGAGAGACGCCCCGCCCGCGUGCCAUCGAGAAUGAUCCAGUGGCCACGGCAUUGCGCGAGGGCUACGACUCGCACGUGUGGGUGGCGGAGGUGCUGGAGCAGCUGGCGGGCAUGGGCAAGAAGAACCGAAUCGUAGGCAAGGGGGUGCUUGACUGGCAGCAGAUUGAGCGCACGGCGCGACGGUAUGUGGCGUUGAAGAUGGCUACCGACAGAUACAACGAGAGUUAUCUGAAGGAGUCAGGGUGUCUGCUGCCGAAGCCGGCUUGGGAUAUGCUGCAGGACGAGGAGAUUACUCCCUGA